GAUUAAAUUAAAUACGAGAAUUAAAAAAAAUGUAAAAAACAAAAAAGAAUUUGGUUGACACUCCUCCUGACGUAAACUAAACUAAUGGCAGUUGAUGACGUAGCAUGUCGCCCCGAAUAUAUUCGGAUUAGAAGCAGUAAGGGCCCCACCAAACGGAUAAAACGGAAAGAGCAUACGUAGACCGUAGAUUUAUUCGGAAAGAAAGUAAACGAUAUAUGGAGCGUCAGAUCAUUAAACCCUGACCCCACCCAAAACUUUAUUUGCAUAAACAGUUAUACGGUUGCAACGCUGACACCCAUUUUCGUGGAAGGAAUAAGAACUAGCAGCACAACACUCGUCUUCUCUUCACCCUCUCUCCUCCGCCAUUGCUGAAACUUCAAGCUAUGAAUCUCAUAUAAAUAUAAAUAUAAUAUAUAUAUGUAAAAAAGAAAAACAGCUUCUAGAUUCAUCCUUGCCUAGACGUUCUUCUAGAACAUUCAUUCUGUCUUCAAUGGCUCAGAGCAAGAGGUUAGCGGGGACAGUGAAGUGGUUCAGUGCGCAGAAAGGUUUCGGCUUCAUUGCUCCAGACGAAGGCGGCGAAGAUCUCUUCGUUCACCAGACUUCCAUCCGAUCCGAUGGUUUCCGUACCCUCUCGGAGGGUCAAGCUGUCGAGUUCAUCAUCGAUUACGGCGAGGACGGUCGCACCAAGGCCGUCGAUGUCGAGAAUCUAGCCAGAUCCCGUCCUUCUGGCUCCGGCCGAGGCCGUGGCCGAGGCGGGAGUUUCGGGUCCGGGAGAGGGUUGGGCGGGGGCUAUAGAAGCUUCGGAGGAGGAGGCUAUGGUUCGGUUAGAGGCGGAGGCUACUACGGCGAUGGUGGCGGCGGUCGAGGCCGUCGGGGAGGAGAGUGCUAUAAUUGUGGCCGAACAGGUCAUUUGGCCAGGGAUUGUUACGAGGGAAGCGGAAUUGGCCGCGGUGGCGGAGGCGAUGGUGCUCCGAGAUACAGCGGUGGUGGCCGCGGUGGAGGAGGAAGAGGAAGCAAGGGAUGCUAUAAUUGUGGAGAAGAAGGGCAUUUAGCAAGGGAUUGUCAGAAUAAUCAGAAUUGAGAAUACUGGUUUUUCGUAUUGGUCUCUCUCUAUAUAUAUAAAUUAUGGAUUGAAGCGUAUUUGUUGAUAUAUAUAUAUAUAUAUAUAUCAUUCUCUUAGUUUCUCGUAUCUCUUCUCCAUUGCCAUUGGGGUUUAUAUAUCUUAGUUUAAGGUGAUUUCUUUGUUCAGGAUGUGAUUUGGUAAUGGCGGUGGCAAGACAAUUAUUUUCGUUUAGUAGAUAUGUAUUUAUAUUUAUUCAUUUAUUUUCCCUUUUUUUUCCUUCAUUGUUUCCCCAAUUGUAUCGACUUUUCAGGAAGAAAAAUCAAUUUCCUUUGUUGCCAUCA